AUGACCUCGCACCUGCUCGACAGCUUUGCGAAACGCGCCCUCGCCGCGAGCCCUCGUCGCUCUUCGUCGCCGCCGCCCCCACUCCUCCCCGACCUCGACCGCGAUGACCGCAACGCAGGCCCCGCACGACGCUCUGGCGCACCAGAACCCGACUGCGGAUUCUGCAUGAUUGCGUCUGGGCAAGAACCGGCGCAUUUGGUGCGCUCGUCGUCCUCCUGCUUCUCCUCGCCUCCGAGCAACGCUCACGGAUGCUUGCCUCGUGGUCAACGGGUCUACGACGACGAGCACGUCCUCGCCUUCCUCGACAUCCUCCCCAUCCGGCCCGGCCACCUCCUCCUCGUCCCUCGGCGACACUACGAGCGCAUCCCGCACCUCCCCGACGACCUCGCGGCCCACCUCGGGCGCGUCCUCCCCCGGCUGUGCCGCGCCCUGUGUCGAGCGACCGGCCAGCCGGAUCAUAACCUCGUAUCGAACCAAGGCUACGCCCAAGUCGUCCCGCACGCCCACAUCCACCUCCACCACCUCGCGCUCGACGCGGCCAAGAGCGAGCCGACGUCGCCUGCGGCAUCGAGCGCGGCGGGCAAGCAGGGCAAGAAAUCGCAGCGCCCUUCGUGGUCGUGCACCGAGUGUACGAGGCGCAAGAUCCGCUGCGACCGUGUGGUCCCUGGCUGCAACCAGUGCAUCAAGCGCAACAAGGUCCACCUGUGCCGCCUCGACCAGGACGACAAGAUCGGCUUCGGACCCGACGGCCCCGACCCGUCCCUCUCGUCGCUCCCGCACCCGCACCCGUACGCCUCGUCGGCGUCGCUCGAGCCCGCCGCGCCGCCCUCCGAGCCCCGGUUCGCGACCGCGCAAGAGUUCGAGGCCAUCCAGCGCAACGUCAACGUCGUCCGACAGCGCUUGUUUCACCUCGAGCGCGUCGUCGCCGCCUUCGUGCCCCGCCCGGACGUGCUCGACCCGAGUGGGCAGCCGAGCUGGGCGGUCGACAUGACGGCGCUGCACCAGCCGCAUCACCAUGGCGGCGCGGCGGCGUCGUCGUCGGCCUCGGGCGCCACCACCGCCGCCGCAGACGGCUACGCGCCCUCGUCGUCGUCCGCCGCCGCCGCCGCCGCCGCCGGCCCGGCGCCGCACGACAUCUACGCGGCGCAGCACGACGCGUACCCGGCCUCGACGCACCACCACCCGCAGCACCACGUGGCGUACCCGCCGCCCCCCGUCGACGCGUACCCGUCCUCGGGACCGACAGCCUCGGGCAGCUCGCACGCCGGCCCUCCUCCUCCCCCUCCUCCUCGUUCCGCGCACCCCUACGCGCCUGCGCCUGCGCCCGGUCCCGCACCCGCUCCUGGGCCCUCGCCGUCCUACGCCCUCCCGCCGCGUCAUCCGCCUCAUCCGCAGGCGCAGGCGCAGGCGCCGUACGACGACGGGCAGCGGCACGAGCGCCGCGCGCUGUACCGCCGGCACUCGUCGAGCGGCGACGGCGACGGCGGCGACGGCGGCGGCGGCGGCGGCGGCGGCGUCACCGAGGAGGACGACGGCGAGGUCGAGGCGGCCGUCACGCUCGAGUACCUCGCGCUCGGGCGCGACGGCCAGUCGGCCCAUGUGAGCCGCGCCGAGCUGAGGCGGCCGGGGGUCGAGGGCGAGGACGAGGGGGCUGGGGAGCUCGGGGGAGGGGCAGGAGGCGAGGCGGGCGGGCAGGCGGUGCACGCGGCGGCGAUGGGCGGGCAGGGGGCGUCGAUCGGGCCGCCGCAGGCGUCGUCGCUCGACGACCUCGAGCAGCUGCAGCAGCAGCACGCGCUCGCUCCCGGCGCCGCAGGUUCCGCGUCGGCGGUGCCGCCUCCCUCGCAGGCGAGCGUCCUCCCGCCGUCGCCGACGGCCGCCGCCAUCCUCCAGUACUCGCUCGAGCGCGUCGGGUGGCAGCACGGCGCCGUCCACGCAGGCCAGUUCCUCGCCGAGUGCGCCGAGUUUGACUCGUGGGGCGCCCACCGCGCCGACAAGGUCAACCAGGCGUGGCUCGCGCUGUACUUUGCCGUCCUGUGCGUCGGCGUCAAGCACAUGGCGCCCGACGACGCGCGCGCGUGCGGCCUCACUGCCGACGACGUGCGCGUCCUGCCCAAGCUGUGGUUCGACGCCUCGGUCGACGCGCUCCACCGCGGCCAGUUCCUCGCGCAGCACAGCGUGUUUGCCGUCCAGACGAUCGUCAUCCUCGUCAUCUCGUGCCAGGACGUCGGCGGGUCGGACCUGAUUGCGACGCUCCUCGCGUGCGGGAUUCGCAUCGCGCAGCACUUGCACCUGUCGCGGUUCGGGCCCGACGACGAGUGGGACCGCAAGAGGCGGGCGGCCGGCGUCGACCCCAAGAGCGACGAGGGCGUCAAGGGCUUGGUCCAGCGCGAGGUCGGCAAGAGGCUGUGGUACGCGCUCGCGACAGAGGACUGGCUCAGCGUCCCCUUUCGGCGGUCGUACAGCAUCUCGCCGUCGCACUUUACCACGCCGCUCCCGCUCAACUGCCACGACGAGGACCUGUCGUCGGGCAACGCCGUCAACCGCCCGCAGGACGAGGCGACGUGCGUCAGCAAGGUCCUCGUCGCGCACAAGGUCGCGUCGUGCAUCCGCCGCUUCUUCGACGACGUCAACUCGGCCGCGACCGCGAGGCCCGACCGCGCCAACGGCGCCGGCGCCGGCGACCACCUGUCGUACGACCUGCUCCUCGACGUCGACCGCGAGAUCCGCGACAUCAUCGAGACGGGCCCGGCCUUCUUGCGCGCCGACGACAGGGCCAUCGAGGCGCAGCCGCCGUGGGUCCGGUGGAUGCUGCACUGGUGGAUCAUGAGCGUCUCGCACAAGCUCUUGAUGUGCCACCGCGUCUUCCUCGGGCGCUCGUUCCGCGACUCGAGGUACGCCUUCUCGCGCAAGGCGGCCAUCGAGGCGGCGCGCUCGAUCAUCCAGGAGCUCGUCAAGGGCUCAAAGCUCCCGUUCCAGCACCUGUGGACCGUCCCGUACCACUCGAUCUCGGCCGCCGUCGUCGUCAUCCUCGACAUCUUCCAGUCGUCGUCGGCCGACCCGGACCUCGUCCACAAGCGCCGCGAGGUCCAGUCGGUCCUCGACGAGCUGCGCGUCCUGUCGGACGAGGGCAACAGCCAGAUCGCGUCGCGCGGGAUCCAGCUCUUGACGACGCUCCUCGCCGAGGAGCAGCGCCACCGCCGGCCGCACAAGCGCAAGGCGGCCGAGCUCGGCAACAGCAACGGCAACAGCGGCGGCGGCGGCGGCGGGGCGCACGACCGCUCGAGCGCGAGCGCGAGCCCGGUCAAGCGCGUCGUGUCCAUCUCGGACAGCCGCACGUCGCUCGGCGCGCCGUCGAGCCUCGGCGCCUUUGCGCCGCAGCAUCACCCUCCUCAUCAUGCCCCUCCUCUUCCUCCUCAGCACGGGCAAGCGCCACCGCCGCCGCCGCCGCACUCGACCCUCUCGCCCUUUCCGUACUUCGCCGCAACGUCCUCGGCUCCGGCCUACCCUCACGGCGCGGCGCUGCACGGCGCCGCCUCGGCCUCGACGCACGACGCGACGUCGCCGCACUCGCACGUGUCGGACACGAGCCUGACGCAGGACGCGUUCGAGUCGCUCUUGAGCAACCUCGGCGGGUGGUCGGGCGGCGGUGGCGAGGCGGGCGGCGCGUUCGGGUCGGCGGUCGACGGGCCGUACGGCGGCGGGCCGGGAGCGGGUCCGCCUCAUGGCGCGUACGGUCGAGGGGGAGGAGGAGGAGAAGCAUUUUUCACCAUGCUCGACGCCGGCUCGUUCCUCGGCGACGGCGCGAGCUACCACGGGCAUCAUGCGCCGACGCCGGGUGGGCAGGCGAGCACGCCCGGCCAGCCUCACUCGAUGUGGUGAUCCAGCUGCUCUUCCUCGUCCCCUCUCUCUCUCUCUUCCUCGCCCGAGCUUGUAGACGUCGACUAGAGAGUUUUGCAGUUGCACGUAGAGGUACACAACAAGCGGGCGCACGUGUCGAUCGAGAGAUCCUCGUCCCUCCCUUUUCCUCACUUCCUCGCCUUCUUCGCUCCUCCUGCCGCAC